CAGAAAUUAUACGAAAACAAAACCUUAAUACUUCAAACAUGAAAACUGCGUUGCUCUUGAUUUCCACUAUUUGCAUUUUCUUACUCAUAUCUGAUGCAAUGUGCAAUCCUGAACCGAAACCUCACCAUCAUCAUGGGCACCACCAUGGGCAUCAUCACCAUCAUGGACACCACCAUCACCAUGGACAUCAUCAUGAUCAUCACCAUGAUCACCAUCACGGCCAUCAUCACCACCAUGGUCAUCACCAUCAUGAGGGUCAUCAUCAUCAUCACGGACACCAUCAUUAAAAUUGAGCUGGAUUUAUCUACAAUGACCUCCAAACCAAAUUUAAGUUUACUACUGUAAAAUCAAUUUGUAAAGUUUUCUGAACUAUAAUGUAAUUUUUAACGAA